CUGCCUAUCUAUUUCUUCGAGUGUGAGAUUCAGAGCAGGAUGAGGGUGAGGGUGAGGGUGCAGGGAAGGCGCGUUUACUAGCGCUAUCUCCGUGUGAGCCAAUCAGGCGCUGCAGGGGUCUUGCCCCAAGUUGGAUUUACAACCUGGGAGCCAGCUUUUGAUGCCCUCUCAAUACCUUUGGGCUGCGUGCCAUCGCACCUCUCUCAAACAAGGUCCCUCCCCGCGACAACAUUCACCGUUGCCCCUAUCUUCUGCUUCUUCCUGCAGAGACUCACCACCGACGGCAUUGCCAAAGCCUUGUCUACCAGGCCCCUCCAGAUCACCGGGCGUUCCAAGGCGGCAAGCCGUGUUCGGGAAGCCAUCUAAUUUCUCAGGUGCUCGUCCGCCCUCCCCACCCAAGCCCAUUCACUGUUGUGUUUGUCCACAACGGCCCCUGCGCGAAUCAGCGCUGGUUUUUAUUUUUCCCCCCAGCUGCACCUCGAACCAGCGUGCGCCUCGGGUCGUCUUUUUUUCCUGGCCAGUAUCUGCAUCCCGGGCCUCCGCUGCAGUCGCUGCAGUCGCUGCUGCACCUCUCUUUGGCUCACAUCUAGAACACGCCGCUUGGCCUCAAGCUCUGUGCUACGGCCGGCCGCCCGUCGACUGCUCUCCUUGCGCCGCUGCAUAUUCUUCUGCCCGUCCGCCAGCCCAAAUCUUCCUGUAUGUCGAGUCCAAUCCCCCACCGCCAAGACUUUCUUCGCCAGCACCGUCGACUGUGACUAUCUGUCCCGUCACUCUCCUGUGUCUUCUUUACUGACUGGCUCAGUCCCUAGGUCGCCGCGUCCCCCAGCGGAGGUACCUUGCCUACUCGUAGCUCACGGCCCUCGUACCGCGCCUUCCCUCUCGGACAACAUCGUCUUUUGCUACGACAGCCGCGGCGCCCUAUAUGCAGUCGUUGUCUGCGGCUCUUUCAUCAUGGAUACCGAGGAUGGUCACAUCUUCAUAAGGGUGCGAUUCUCA